UCACACUGGUUGUGAGUAAUAUAUUUUUUCGGCAAUAUUAAUUUUAGCUGUUGUCCAAAUGUCUCACCAAACGGGUAUCCGAGCCAACGAGCAGCUGGCCAAGGUGUUCGGCAAAGCGAAGAAUGGUAAAUUUCGCGUGAUAAAAGUUUCGAUCGAGAAUGAGCAGCUUAGUUGCGGCGCCACGGCGGAGACGAAAAAGGAUUGGGAGCGCGACUACGACAAGCUUAUAGGUCCCCUACUGGAAAAGGAUGUGCCCUGCUAUAUUCUCUAUCGCCUGGACGCCAAGAUCCCGCUGGGCUACAGUUGGCUACUUAUCAGCUGGACGCCGGACACGGCCAGCAUCCGACAGAAGAUGGUAUACGCUUCCACGAAGGCCACGUUGAAAACGGAGUUCGGAUCAGCAUACAUCACAGAGGAGCUGCAUGCCACCACUCUGGAUGAGUGCACGCUGGAGGGCUAUCGCCGGCACAAGCAGGAUUUCGCAGCCCCAGCUCCAUUGACCAGCAGGGAGGAGGAGCUGAAAGAGCUGCGAAAGACAGAGGUUCACACUGAGAUCAAUACGAAUACGCGGCACCAAACUCUGGGUGGGAUCAAUUGCCCGCUGAGCGAGGCAACCGUGGCUGCCGUUCAGGAUUUGGUGCGCGGCAAGCACGACUACCUUCAGUUCCGCAUCGAUCUGGAGGAGGAACAGAUCCAUGUUUCGCGUGCGGCCAAAGUGGAGCUCGCCGAUCUGCCGAAGCAAGUGCCCGAGGAUCAUGCACGAUACCACCUCUUCCUGUUUCGGCACACGCACGAGGGCGACUACUUUGAGUCGUACGUGUUCGUCUACUCCAUGCCUGGAUAUUCCUGCUCCGUGCGCGAGCGCAUGAUGUACUCAAGCUGUAAGGCUCCUUUUCUCGACGAGCUCGCGGCCCUUGGCGUGGAGGUUGUUAAGAAGCUUGAAAUCGACAGCGGCAGCGAGCUGACCGAAGCCUUCUUGCAGGACGAGCUGCACCCAAAGAAGAUUCUACACCGACCGGCUUUUGCCAAGCCCAAGGGGCCACCAAACCGAGGCGCCAAGCGCCUCACGCGUCCCACCGCAGAGGACUAAGUCUGAAUCCCGAUCCCACCGAGUCAAUUCUGUUUAUCGCCCUUCUACGUACUGUUUCCUAGCAGAGCAUUUAAUUUAUUGUAUCCAAUCGUUUAUUUCUUUUGUGUUGUGUCUAUCCCGUGUCUAUAUGUGUCCGUACGUCAGUCGAUAUCUUUAGAGGCACUAGGCAUCAACUGAAACAUCGCAUAGCAGCCGCCAAAGUGGGCUUCCUUAAAUGUAUUCUUGUCUAUGUAACUUUAGAUGGACAUAUAUGCAAUUUAUUUAAAUUAAAAAAAGUAACUAAGUUC